CUACCUGCAGGGAACUUGCAGCUCACUCUCUACCAGUAUAAAACCUGUCCCUUCUGCAGCAAAGUCAGAGCUUUUCUUGAUUAUCAUGGACUGCCCUAUGAAAUUGUGGAAGUGAACCCGAUAAUGAGGAAGGAGAUCAAAUUCUCAUCCUACAGAAAGGUGCCUAUCCUGCUGGCCAAUGCUGGGAGCCCUCUGCAAUUGAAUGACUCUUCAGUGAUCAUCAGUGCAAUAAAGACCUAUCUCAUUUCCAAGAAGAAUAGCUUAGAAGAGAUCGUGUCCUUUUAUCCUCCUAUGAAAACUGUGACUGAGCAGGGCAAGGAGGUGUUUGAGUAUGGGAAUAAAUACUGGCUCAUGCUGGAUGAGAAGGAGACGAAGCGAGUCUACCCUGUCAAAGAAGUGAGAGUGGAAGAGAUGAAGUGGAGAAAAUGGGCAGAUGAUUGGCUUGUUCACCUCAUCUCCCCCAACGUUUACCGCACCCCCAGAGAAGCCUUGGCAUCUUUUGAUUACAUUGUCCGUGAGGGGAAGUUUGGCACUGUGGAAGGCUUAUUUGCCAAGUAUUUGGGGGCUGUUGCCAUGUUCUUCGUUAGCAAGAGGCUGAAGAAAAGACAUCACCUUCGAGAUGAUGUCCGACAAGACCUGUAUGAAGCAGUUAAUGAGUGGGUGAAAGCUGUUGGCAAGCAUCGACUGUUCAUGGGUGGAAACCAGCCAAACCUCGCUGACUUGGCGGUGUAUGGGGUCCUCCGGGUCAUGGAAGGGCUGGAAGCAUUUGAUGACAUGAUGGUUCACACCAAGAUUCAGCCUUGGUACCAGCGCAUGGAGGAAGUAAUUCAAAAAGCUGCAGUCUGAUGCCAGCUGCAGCUGCCUUCCUGAAGUACUUGCAUGGUAAAAAACUUCAGAAGGAAUGGCAUUUAUUUUUUAAGAGUCAAAUG